GCGGCCGGGGGCGACAUGGCGGAGGAGCAGGACCUCUCCGAGGUGGAGCUGAGCCCCGUGGGCUCCGAGGAGCCCCGCUGCCUGUCCCCGGGCAGCGCGCCCUCGCUGGGGCCCGACGGCGGCGGCGGGGGAUCGGGCCUGCGAGCCAGCCCGGGGCCGGGAGAGCUGGGCAAGGUCAAGAAGGAGCAGCAGGACGGCGAGGCGGACGACGACAAGUUCCCCGUGUGCAUCCGCGAGGCCGUCAGCCAGGUGCUGAGCGGCUACGACUGGACGCUGGUGCCCAUGCCCGUGCGCGUCAACGGCGCCAGCAAGAGCAAGCCGCACGUCAAGCGGCCCAUGAACGCCUUCAUGGUGUGGGCGCAGGCGGCGCGCAGGAAGCUGGCCGACCAGUACCCGCACCUGCACAACGCCGAGCUCAGCAAGACGCUGGGCAAGCUCUGGAGGCUGCUGAACGAGAGUGACAAGCGCCCCUUCAUCGAGGAGGCCGAGCGGCUCCGGAUGCAGCACAAGAAGGACCACCCGGACUACAAGUACCAGCCGAGGAGACGGAAGAACGGGAAGGCGGCCCAGGGCGAGUCCGAAUGCCCCGGCGGGGAGGCCGAGCAGGGCGGGGCCGCCGCCAUCCAGGCCCACUACAAGAGCGCCCACUUGGACCACCGGCACCCGGGAGAGGGCUCUCCGAUGUCAGACGGGAACCCUGAGCACCCCUCAGGCCAGAGCCAUGGCCCCCCCACCCCUCCAACCACCCCAAAGACAGAGCUGCAGUCGGGCAAGGCAGACCCCAAGCGGGACGGGCGCUCCCUGGGGGAGGGCGGAAAGCCUCACAUCGACUUCGGCAACGUAGACAUCGGGGAGAUCAGCCACGAGGUAAUGUCCAACAUGGAAACCUUCGAUGUGGCUGAGUUGGACCAGUAUCUGCCACCCAACGGGCACCCGGGCCACGUGGGCAGCUACUCAGCAGCUGGCUAUGGGCUGGGCAGCGCCCUGGCUGUGGCCAGUGGACACUCCGCCUGGAUCUCCAAGCCGCCAGGCGUGGCUCUGCCCACGGUCUCGCCACCUGGUGUGGAUACCAAAGCCCAGGUGAAGACGGAGACCGCAGGGCCCCAGGGGCCCCCGCACUACAGCGACCAGCCGUCCACCUCGCAGAUCGCCUACACCUCCCUCAGUCUGCCCCACUACGGCUCCGCCUUCCCCUCCAUCUCCCGCCCCCAGUUUGACUACUCUGACCAUCAGCCCUCAGGACCCUACUACGGCCAUUCAGGCCAGGCCUCUGGCCUCUACUCGGCCUUCUCCUACAUGGGGCCCUCACAGCGGCCCCUCUACACGGCCAUCUCUGAUCCCAGCCCCUCAGGGCCCCAAUCCCACAGCCCCACACACUGGGAGCAGCCAGUAUAUACGACGCUGUCCCGACCUUAAAGGGGGCCCUGUCACAUCCCCUCCCAGACCCUGGGUAGUAUGCCCUUCCCCAAGCCCUCGCACCCAGUUCCUCGCCCAUCUCCGUCCUGGUGGUGGCUGGGGAGGAGGCGGCAGAGGCUGACAGCGGAGGGGAGGCUUUCUGUCUGGCUCACUGCCUUUGAUGACCCCACCCCAUCCUAUCCAGGCUCCAGCCCAGGCAAAGCCCUAGACUUCUAGGCUGGGCAGCGGAGGAGGAGGUUGAUUUUUGCCCCUAGACUGGACCAUGAGGGGCUGCACCUCCCCCCAGGAUGACCCUCCAUCCCAGGACCUGAGAAGGACCCGCUCACCCUCUUCUGGGAGGGGGAGCAUCCAGGGUCGGGUGGGAAUCGGAGGCCUUGCCAUUCCUGUGACUGUGUUUCCUCUUUCGUGGAGAACGAGGGGUCUGACAUAACCCAUGGCACCUGUGCCACGUGCCUAAGAUCAAGGCCCACCCUGCGUCAGUGCCUGGAGUGGGCUAUGUCUGCCCCUUGGGGGCUGAGGACAGCUUUGAACAGCCUCCGAGAGCGUGGAGGUGGGUGGGGGCUCAGAGGGAGGUAUCCUCAUCCCCCCAGAGCCCCCUUCCCUCCUGAACACAGAAAGGCAUCAACUUAGAGACCCCAGUUCUAUGCCAACAGCCUGGCUCUUCGUCUAAUUGGAAAGAGGCCCCAGGUCCUCCUCCACUACAGCCUCCCAGACCUGGAGGAGGUGAGGAAAGGAUUCGGAGACAAUUCACAGAGCCUUCCUCCUGGCUCUCCGCCAGCUCCCUCUCCCCUCACCAGGCUCUGUGGCCCCUGCUCUCAGCCCCACUCCUGGGCUCCCUGAGAGCUGCGCUGCUCAUGCCCAAACCCUUGGCUCCAGGAGGAGAAGGGGCCCAGCACCAGGUUGCUAGCAGCAGCUGAAGACACUAAACUCCUGACAUGUACAUUCUGCCCUGGCCUUCUGCCCUUUGCUUCCCAGUGGUAUCUGAAUAAAGUAUGUAGUUCUGUCUGCCCCUAUUAUCCUGUUCUGCAGCCCCCACAAUCCACAUGUAACUCAUUACUACCCCCUCUUAUUUAUCUCAGUAGCUCCCUCUCCCCUCCCCCUGCUCCUAGGCUCUCCAGCUCCUAUUAACUCUGCAUUAAGCAUUCCCCGUAAUAAAAUGAAAGGUU